UGCCUGUCUGCGACGUGCCUUGAGCGCUGUGUUGCGUGAGUCUCGCUCUUUUUACCUCCCCGCCCUCCACGACACUCUUUUGUCCACUCCAACUGUGCAAACUGCCGUCAUGGAGUCUUCACCAACCGACCUCAAGGUCUCCUGUAUAGCGCUUGGCUUUACUCUUGGCUUCGGCUUCUUGACAACCUGGGACGCAUGGAAGAUCACUUCGGUUAUGCGCGACCCUCGGAGGAGUCUGUUCGUUUGGAUGGUGUGGAGUGAACUCGCUGUAAACCUUGUCAUGGCCGUUGUCAUAUGGCUGUUUAUUGAAGGGGUCUUGACAAAUUUAUUGGGAACAUUUAUAGGAAUUCUCUGUCUAUGGGUGGUCCAAAUUCAGUUUAUCCUUCAAAUCAUCAUCAACCGUAUCGCCAUCGUCACAACCGACAGAAAUAGACUGAACAUGAUUCGGUGGAUUACGAUCGGCCUCAUUACCUGCGUCAACAUCUCGGUCUUCUGUAUAUUCAUUCCGGGACAUCUGGAUAUCAAGCCGUUCGUUGAGCUUAACGAGGUGUGGGAUAAGAUCACCAAAGUCAUUAUCGGUCUCAACGAUGCUUGCCUGAACUACUACUUCAUUAUGCAAGUGAAAAAGAGGCUGGUAGCCAACGGAUUGCAAAAAUACAACGCGCUUGUGGACUUCAACACCAAGAUUGCCCUUAUUUCGGUGGCUAUGGACGGUCUUAUCAUCGGCACCAUGUUCCUGAAAAACGGUGCCGUGUUCAUCCAAUUCCACCCAGUCGCAUACACGGUCAAGCUCAAGAUCGAACUAUCCAUGACGAACCUUAUCAAGCGCAUCUCGCAAGAAUCCGUCCGCGACCUGCACAUGGGCAACAGCUCCUCGAAUACUCGAAGCCGAGGAGAACGCCGCUUCGCCGGCGUGGGCGACAACCACGCGAACUCGACGCACGUCAUGGCCGACCACAACGACGUCGACAGCCACGCACUCGAGGACAUGGGCCAGAUUGUCCAGAAACGCGAGUACACCGUCAAGGUGUCGAGUGCUAGCACCGGCAGCCAGAACGAAAGCAUGUUCUCCUACCAAAAGCAGCUCGACAACGAUUCAGACGAAGUGCCGCUCCACCACCCGGACGAGAUUCGUCGCUCUACCUAGGCGGACUUUUAUUUCCUUUGUUUACGACCACGUUUUUUGCAGGGCUUCUUCUUGCAAGCCGACUUUUGUCGAUGAGCUGAUUUAGAAAUGCAAAUGACGGACCUUACAAAACUAAUCUCUUCAUACCCCCUCGAAUCAUGCUUUGCACGAAGCUGGUUUGUCAUUUUAUUUCAUACAUUUGUAACGACCUUUCGAUAUGCUUUUUCUCAGAUACCACUUUCUGCAAAGAGUUCAGAGCUACAAAUACAAAAUUCACAUUGGUUCUAAUAUGCUGUAACAACAUUUUUGCGUUUGAAUCGCGAUCUCUUGUUAGUGUCACAGGCUUUUGUUGCUUAGGAAAUCCCCAUAUUCAUCUGGGAGAAAACUUCAAAUAGUAUACUC